AUGGAUAACCAUCUCAGCGAGACCAUGGAGAAGGGCAUCGACAAUGAAGCUCUGGCAACCAAAAAUGACGUGAGGGUGAAGACUGGGCUGUCGAAUGAGAAAAGUGAAGUCAUGAAAAAAAUGAUGAGUGUAUCUGAAGAAGACGAUAAAUCAGCUACGCAAAGCCUAGAAUAUCACCUAGAGAAAGAGAAAUGA